GAAGCAAGUUUUUGUUUGUUUAAAAUUUACCGGCUGGUAUUGUGUAUGUGAUAGUAAAUAGUAAAUUAGCAAGUGAUAUGCGUGGUGUAGAUGUAAACAAUGUGAUUUCUUUCUACAACUUCUCAAAGUUGUAAUGCCGAAUAAAAUAAUUUCUAUUAGCACAUUUUUGAUAGCACGUUUUAAGUUACACAUUCCUUAGAAGUGAUAUAUGAGUGAUAUGAGCAAAAAUGAACAAAGAGAAAAUGACGUCGGAAAAUACAGACAAUGCCGGCAAUUUUUUUGAUUCAACAGGUUCUAAUUCAAGAAAUCAAUCGGUUCCUUCAUGUUGUCAAAAAUCAACUCAAACUGUGGACACUAAUUAUCAGUGUAUUGUUUGCACUUGUUCGAUGUCAACACCUGUGGAAAUGCAUCAACAUCAAAUUACUGUUCAUACAGUGGAGGAACUGUCAUUAUCAAUACUCAGUCUUCAACUUCUCUACAAAAUGAACAAAUCUUUUGAAAAUGAAAUUUCUACUGUAAACGCUUUAAAUAAUAAUCAAUCGCCAAAGAAUAAUAAUAAUAGCGACAAAUUUCAAAGGAAUUCAAAUAUGACUGUUGGAGAUUCAAAUUAUAAAUUACAAGAAGAACCAAUUUGCCUUAAAAUUCACAAUCGAACUUCUGAAACAACGAAUACUCGAGAAGAUAAGAAAUUCAAGUUUCAACAAAAAAUUGCACCGAAAUUGCAAGUAAAGAAACCAACUUUGGCUGUGUUAAAAAAAAUAGUGCCAUUAAGACAAGAAGUUAGUAUUUUACCUGUAGCGAAAAAUGUUCCUCAAUCGAAUUCUGUGCAGGAAAUAAAAAUAAUUCAAAAUGAUUAUUUAAAUAAAUGCAGUGUGCCACAAAUUGUUUCCAACCAGCCGUUAGUUUGGAAUGACACUCAGAUUUUCACUUAUCAAAAUGUGCCAAUUAUUGGAAAUAACGUUUCUCAAAGUCAACCGACAAGUUCAAAAAUGGCAAAUAAUAUUGUAGUUGAUAAAAAAGUUUAUCAAAACAAAGUUUCUGGUGAUGUUAAAAAAGUCGAAAAAUUCAAAACUGAAACGCUUUUAAAAAUUCCAAAGAUAAAAUGCAAUCCCAAAGUACAGGAGCAUCAGUUUAAAAAACCGAAAUCAGUACUUAAAAACUCGAAGUAUUCUAAAAAAAACACAGAAUUGAAUCACAAGUCGAGGAUAAUUAUUCAAACACCACAAACCAUGGCGAACAAAAUACAGGAAACAUUCAAUGAUUCACAAAUAGUUGUAAACUACAGUCCGUGUGUGAAAUACGAAGAAACUAUUCAGAAAGCGAAGGCAAUAAGCCCAAAGCCCAAAGAAGAGCCAAAGCCCAAAGAAGUUUUCAUAAAACCAAAAGUGAUUUCAACAAUUCGGUUAAUUGAAACCGAACCAAAGGAAGCAAAGGCCAAAGUUAUUCAAGAUUCAAGGAAACAAAAAGUAAUUCCGACUCAAAUCAACCAAAGUUCAAAUCCACCCGAAGAAAGUUCAAAAGCGAAAGCUGUCAACAAUCCUGAAGUGAUUUUAAAAAAUCAACCAACGGUGAUAAUUAGCAGAAUUGAUAAAAUUCCGGAAGUGAAAGAAGAAACGAACAAUGGUGCUUUCAAGAAAAAUCGAGUCAAUAUCAAGAAAAUGGAAAAUCGAGAACUUCAAUUGUUUGAUAAUUUCGAAAUCGUCAAUCUAAAGCGAAAACGAUCGAAAUCGGAUAAUUUGAAAAUAGUUCUCUCUCGUUCGAAAGUAAAUCCGGAAUUUGUCACCGAAUCAUCGAGCAAGAAUUCAAAGGUAUCAAAAUCUAAAAAUCCGAAGACAAAUAAAAAGAGCAAUAACAAAAAGAGAAAAGUAUCCAAAUUGCCCGAAGUUCCUCCACCUCCUUUUCUUCCAACUAAAAAAUCACAAAGUAUUGAAAUUAUCGACGACGGUUGGGACAAUUCGGUGAAAGAAAAACUCCAAGUUAGCAACGAAUCACCUACGGACAUUACAAAAUUAGCCAUGCAAGAUGCAUGGAUUAUUCCCGACUUCAAUGAAAUUCAGAACGAUAAUAUUUGUGAAGAUUUAACGAAUGAAAAUCUAAUUCAAAUGGAUCCGGUCUUGACGUCUCAAUUAUUGCAGGAGUACGAUUUCACCUGUCAGGGAAUUGAUAUUGAAAUUUUCGACGAUCAUCAGGUAGAAGGAAAUUCCCUAACUGGAUUCACUUAUGAAAAUGAAUCAGAAGUGCUUCAAGUAAAUCAACCGACUGUCAUAAAUCUACCGACAUCUGUAGAUUUAAACGAAAAUUUAUGGUCCAACGAAAAUCUGACUUACGCCGAACUACUUCCCGUCUAUCAAGAAGACAAUCUUCAAGAUCUAAAUUGAUAUUACGACCCAUCAUGUUUUUUUACUUUCGAUAUUUUAUUUUUUCACUCAACGAUUUUCAAAACCAAAUGUUAAAAAUGUUCGAUCAAAGUUCUAAUGAACUACAACUACAUUUAGUAAAGAAUAGUUCUCAUUCGAAUGAAAUUAAAUUCGAAAAAAGUGAUUUAGAAUUUACAAAUGUUACAGAUUAUUAUCGUUAUUAUUAUAGAGUUAAUCGACGUAUAUUUAUAAGAAUGUUAAAGGUAUUUAAAAAUAUCUAUUUGUUACGAUAAUUAAGAAUAUUUUUCUAUUGCAAUAUGG